AUGUGGAGACUCAAGACAUUACAAUCCACGGUGCCUGUACGUGCGCUCGUAAGACCUGGCUCUGCAGUGCGCUUUCCCAGAUCAGCAUGCAAUGUUACCAUCAAGAACUUGUCAACAACUGCUAUUGUAGUCGCUACACAACAGCAGAAAACACGCUAUCUUUCAAAUUUAGGAAAAACGUUUGCUGUCCUCGCCACUUCAGCCAUUACCUAUGGACUUUUGAACAACAAUGUACUUGCAUUGGAGGCAAAUGAUUGCGACUCCAUCUGUCAAGCCAUUGUCCACAAUGAUCUCAAAGCUUUGAAAAAAUUGGCAGAGGACCCCAAUUUCAGCCCAAAUGUCUAUCAUCGCUACGGCUGGACUCCAUUGCAAGUAGCAGUGAUUCAAGACAACGAGCCUAUGGUCAAGUUCUUGUUGGAAAAGGGGGCAGAUCCCAAUCUGGAGGAUCAAUACUACCCCCGAUCUCAUCAAGCUGCCAAUGUACGUCAAGUCGACUUUUCAGAGGAUUUAUUGCCCUACAGAGACUAUCGCGAUUAUACCGCUCUUCAUUAUGCAGUGAUUAUUUGCAAUCCCACGAUUGUCAAGAUGUUGCUUGACCAUUUAGCUGAUCCUCUGGUUCGCAACUCGCAUGGUUUGACACCUCGUGAAUAUUUGUACUACGUUGAAAGGUUUACAGGCGAGCAAAAUACAGAAAUCGAGGAAAUGUUGCAUAAAAAGGAAACAUCUUAUCCAAAAGACAAGGCAGAGCAUGAUGAACGUCAACGUAAAGCCCAACUUUUAAAGGAGAAAGAAUAUCGCAAAAAGCACCCAUUGGAAGACGCUUUGAAGGCUCGUAUUGUGGGACAAUUGGGACCAAUUCAUGCUCUUGCAAGUGCAAUUAGACGCAAACAAAACGGAUGGCAUGAUGAAGAACACCCUCUCGUAUUUUUGUUCUGUGGUUCUUCUGGUGUAGGCAAGACCGAACUUGCAAAAGCUUUGGCGCAACAUCUGCAUGGCAAGCAAUUAGACAAAGGGUUUGUUCGAAUCGAUAUGAGCGAGUUUCAACACAAGCACGAUGUGUCUCGAUUCAUUGGUUCUCCACCUGGUUAUGUGGGCUACGAUGAAGGUGGACAAUUGACAGAGAAGUUGAAAGAGUGCCCAAACGCUGUUGUAUUGUUGGAUGAAGUAGAAAAGGCGCAUCCUGAUGUAUUGACCAUCAUGUUGCAACUGUUUGACGAAGGCCGUAUUACAGAUGGCAAGGGCACCACAGUCGAAUGCAAAGACGCUAUUUUUGUCAUGACGUCCAACUUGGCACAACAUGAAAUUGCUGAUGAAGCAGAAUUAUUGAGACUGGAAGCCUCCGUCUCAUCCGACGCACAGACUACAGGCACUGCCACUGUGGUAGACACCAACAAGAAGCCCAAAUCAGCAGAGCAAGAUAAUACCACAGCAGCAGCUUCAGACGACUUGAUUAAACGACAGAUUUCACUCUCACGUCAAUUCAUUGAGCACGUUAUUUACCCCAUUCUCUACGAACACUUUCGUCGUGACGAAUUCUUGGGCCGUAUCAACGAAGUCUUAUUCUUCUUACCGUUCAGCGAAGAGGAAUUGCGAGAGAUUACAUCCAGAGAGUUGUCCAGAUGGGCUGAAAAGGCAAGAGCUCGCCAUGGUAUCACCAUGACGUGGGAUCCAGAAGUGGUUGAUGUCUUGUCAGAUGGUUACAAUAUUCGGUACGGUGCUCGAAGUAUCAAGUAUGAAGUAGAAAGAAAGGUGGUGAAUUUGAUUGCCAAAGCAAAUGAAAAUGAUGAUGUCUUGGACGGUGGACGAGUGCACAUUGUCGUGGAUAAAGCACUAGAUAAAAAGCAUCGUAUUUGUAAGAUUGAAAUUCCUGAAAGAGGUGGUGAUGAUAGUAAGAAGCCCAGUGGAGGUGGAUGGUUUGGAAGUAAAAAGUAA